GAGCCAGGUCAGUGGGGACUCCAGCCUGGCCGACUCUGCGCUCUGCGCCCCGAGGUCAGGGGUGGGCUCGGCAAGGAUUGGGUCCGAGCCUCGCACCUCCACUGAAACUACCCUGUACCCUUCUUUUGCGGCCCAACGGGCGUGGGAGCGGGACUGCCCAAAGGUGGGCUGGGUUGGGUGGAGGAAGCGGCCUGGAAGUCGUUGCGUGUCCUGAGGCUUUAAGGCACCGGACCCUAGCCUGUUGGAGCUGGCGUCUCCAGGGCCCGCUUUCUCUAGACGGGAUUAUAGCAUGAUCUGCGGGGCCCCAGCGCAUCGCCUGGAAGAGCCCACUCACCCUGGACGAACCCUUCCUUAGCCUCAGACCGUCCUUGAUGAGGAUGACUGAGACAUUAUGGGCCACGCGCUGUGUGUCUGCUCUCGCGGAACUGUGGUCAUUGACAAUAAGCGCUACCUCUUCAUCCAGAAACUGGGGGAGGGUGGGUUCAGCUAUGUGGACCUAGUAGAGGGCUUACAUGAUGGACACUUCUACGCCCUGAAGCGAAUCCUGUGUCAUGAGCAGCAAGACCGGGAAGAGGCCCAGCGAGAAGCGGACAUGCAUCGCCUUUUCAAUCACCCUAACAUCCUUCACCUCGUGGCUUACUGUCUAAAGGAGCGGGGCCCUAAGCAUGAGGCCUGGCUGCUGCUACCCUUCUUCAAGAGAGGUACUCUGUGGAAUGAGAUAGAAAGACUGAAGGACAAAGGCAACUUCCUGACUGAGGACCAAAUUCUUCAACUGCUGCUGGGUAUCUGCACGGGCCUUGAGGCCAUUCAUGCUAAGGGUUAUGCCCACAGGGACCUGAAACCCACCAAUAUCUUGCUUGGAGAUGAAGGGCAGCCAGUUUUAAUGGACUUGGGUUCCAUGAAUCAAGCACACAUUCAUGUGGAGGGCUCCCGCCAGGCCCUGACCUUGCAGGACUGGGCGGCCCAGCGGUGCACCAUCUCCUACCGAGCCCCAGAGCUCUUCUCUGUGCAGAGUCACUGUGUCAUCGAUGAGCGGACUGAUGUCUGGUCCCUAGGCUGUGUGCUAUAUGCCAUGAUGUUUGGGGAAGGCCCUUAUGACAUGGUGUUCCAGAAAGGUGACAGUGUGGCCCUUGCUGUACAGAAUCAACUCAUCAUCCCACAAAGCCCCAGACACUCUCCAGCGAUGCGGCAGCUACUGGCCUCGAUGAUGACUGUGGACCCCCAGAAGCGCCCUCAUGUUCCUCUCCUCCUCAGUCAGCUGGAGGCACUGCAGCCCCCAGCUCCUGGUCAGCACAUUACCCAAAUCUAAACAAAGCAGUGGCCCUUGUGCCUUGGAAAGAGGCUUCUAUCCCUCAUGGGACUCUCCAUCCAUUCUACCUAGGACUGUUUUCUUACGGUUGGAGGCAGAGGGGUGGGGACAUUCAUCUUAGUCCUACGCCUGCUCUUCUGCUUUCUUUCCUUAAAGAGCAACACUUGGGUAAGGGGCCUUACUGAUUGGGAGUGGAGUGGGAGUUGGGAAAAGGGAAACUGAUGGGAAAUGAUACAUGGCUCUGAGCAGGACUGCUGAGCUCACAUCAUGUUCUGCCUCCAAAUCCAGGAGCAGGAGAAUGUAUAGACAGAAGAAUAAAGUAAAAGCAGGUUGGUGUGGA